UCCAGAAAAUCUGGCGGACAGUUUAUUUUAAUACCAGUACAGCAAAGAACAACUUAAGUUUGUCUCCAUCACAGUUUAGGGAAAAGAUGAAAGCAACUUAUUGAGGUAAGACAGGAAAAAAAAUGUUAUACCAUAGUUCGGUACAAAUGUGGAAAGGGCUAAUCUCAUUCAGAAAUACAAAUGUUUUUACUGAAACUUGCAAUACCUUUUCAAGUUGAUAGUAUUUUAUGUAAGAAUCUUAAGUGCCCUGAUCAACUAAUACUAUGGGUAUAUUAUGCUUUAAUUUACUUCCAUUUUUUUCAAUAAACAAGAUACUGUGAUACUAAGUUUUCAUUAAAUAUCUACAAAACUGUUUCAAACAAACUUUUCAUACACCUAGUAGGUACCCAUACAUAAGCUCAGUUCUCUGAAAUUAUUUUCUGCAUAUGGAGUAAGUUUAUUUGCCUGACCUUUGUUUAUUAAACACAGAUUUUCAUGGGGAAAUGAAAGUUUUUCUUAUUAAAAAAACCCAGUAAUGUAGAGGAUUAAGGAGAUUAAAUAUGACAUCAUUCUUUUGUCUGUGUCAAUGUUUUAUCAAACAGUACACUGAGUGAGCAUUAAGGUUUUGGUCUGGAAAUGCUCCCACAGACAGAAAAAUAAUGGGUGAAAAAGAGAGUAAACAAUGCAGACAAUAUUAUUUAAUGUAUUUCUAGAAGUAAAACUGCAACAGCGAGGAGAGGAAAACCAUAGGAUGUGAAUGCUGAGGACUUAUAAAACUACAGGAAUAAGAAGAAACUUCAGAUAACUUCAGAAAAGUGGAAUGUUUUUUCUUCUUUGAAUUUGCAAUGCCUCAUAUUAUUUGCACCCUUUUCAUCGCAUGAGUAGAUUAUUUCUUAAAAAGCGGACCACUGGAAUGAAAGAUGACUGAUACACAUUGAUUUUUGUGGAUUGGAAGACAUGGUCCCUGCAUUAAAACUGCUGCUGUUCACCUGUAUUUGGCCUACUUCUGUUUUAGCCUAUAACAGCGAUCAUCAUAAUCAUUGCUAUAGCCACCAUCAUCCUCAAAGAUCAUUCAUGAAAAGACAUAACAGUAAACAACAAUUUAAGGCAAGGAAACUAGACAGCACUAAAGUACCACCCAUGAAAUCAGAACAAUUUCUCCAUAUAGAGAACCAUGAUUUUGCCAUGAGACCUGGCUUUGGAGGAUCACCAAUCCCAGUUGGUAUUGAUGUGCAAGUAGAAAGCAUUGACAAAAUUUCAGAAGUUGACAUGGAUUUCACAAUGACUUUGUAUCUCAGGCAUUACUGGAAGGAUGAGAGACUCUCAUUUCCUAGUACCAGAAACAGAAGCAUGACCUUUGAUGGAAGAUUAAUAAAAAAGAUUUGGGUACCUGAUACAUUUUUUGUUCAUUCUAAAAGAUCUUUUAUCCAUGACACAACCAUGGAGAAUAUUAUGUUACGUAUUUAUCCAGAUGGCAAUGUGCUCUUCAGUUUACGGAUAACAGUUUCUGCCAUGUGUUUCAUGGACUUCAGUAGAUUCCCACUUGACACUCAGAAUUGUUCUCUAGAGUUGGAAAGCUAUGCUUACAAUGAAGAAGACUUGAUGCUGUACUGGAAACAUGGCAAUGAAUCUUUAAGCUUAGAUGAGUACAUUUCUCUUUCUCAGUUUUUCAUUGAAGAAUUUAGUGCUUCUAGUGGAUUAGCAUUCUACAGCAGUACAGGUUGGUACAAUCGACUUUUUAUAAACUUUGCUCUACGGAGACACAUUUUCUUUUUUGUUUUACAAUCCUAUUUCCCCUCUAUGUUGAUGGUGAUGCUAUCUUGGGUUUCCUUUUGGAUAGACCGAAGAGCUGUUCCUGCAAGAGUAUCAUUAGGUAUAACUACUGUGCUGACAAUGUCAACCAUAAUUACUGGAGUAAGUGCCUCAAUGCCCCAGGUGUCUUAUAUAAAAGCUGUGGAUGUAUAUUUAUGGAUCAGCUUCCUUUUUGUCUUCUUAUCUGUUAUUGAAUAUGCAGCUGUAAAUUAUCUCACGACAGUAGAAGAACGAAAACAUCUGAAAAACAGAGGAAAGAUUGCUGGGCUAUAUAACAUUGAUGCAAUGCAAGCCAUGGCCUUUGAUGGGUGCUAUCAUGAUACUGACAUUGAUCUUGCCACCUUGAGUGUACUUUUGGAAGAGGGAGCAGCACGCGAGCGAGCACCCAGCAUCACCCAUCUGAAUGAAGGUCACUUAAAAAGAAAAAGAUUUUUGAAAGGAACUGUGGGCAGAAUUAUUUUGCAGAAUAACCACGUCAUUGAUACGUAUUCCAGGAUUGUAUUUCCUGCUAUAUAUAUUGUAUUUAACUUUUUUUACUGGGGUUUAUAUAUGUAAAUGAAGAGAGUCGUAACUAUUUUACUUAUUUUAUUUUCAUGUGAACAACUGAGACUUGGUAUAGUAAACUAAGGAUUCCUUUAGGUGAGCGGAUUUCUUGUUGAUUUCACUUUUUUUUAAGAUCAGCUAAGAACAGGUAGAUGCUAUUACAUUCUAGCAUAUACAUUGUUUAAAUAUACCCAGGCACCAAUCAAUAUAAAGAUGAUUGAGACUGACAAACAGAAUAUAGCAACAAAUAGACAAUUCUAGUCCAAUCUGCCUAAAAUUAAUAUAUACAAAAUGCAACAUAUUAAAAAGGAAAAUACAACAGCCCUCAGUUACAGUAUUUUGCUAUUAAAGAAAUGAUUGGUGAAUUCAGCUGAUUUGUACAAUGAGCAGUAUGCUGCUUCGUUUGUGAUACACACAGCAAUGACAAUUAUAGGACUUUUCACAAUAUUGUCAAAUUUCUUUCAGAACAACUUUAGAAGCUUAUCAGACCAGUUACAUGAAUGCUACAUCUGCAAGAAAUCUCUGUUCUCGUAUCUGCCUGAUCCCAUAAGUAGAUCCAUUAUGACUUUGCCACUUGUAAAACCAAUGUCUCCCCUCCCCCAAGAACUGAUCUCAUAUCCAAUUUUGAUUAAAUUAUAUUAUCUAUUUCAGAAGUCUUGUUUUUCAGUUUUUGCUAUUAUUGUGGAGGAGAUGAUAGGCUGACUGUAUUUAGGAAGGAAAUUUUGUUAGGCAAAUCAGACAAGAUGAUGAUACUAUAUUCUCAGAUAAAUUCACAUGGUAUUGCACACAAACUAGGUGUGAGUUGCAUUUAUUUGCUGUUUUGAUUAACUGCAGGAGGAGAUUUUAAAGGGGGAAAUGGCAAACAUGGAUAAAUAGAUUAAUAUUUUUUUCUACUGUUUUCUGUUCCAAUUUCCACUUGUUAAUACUUCAAGAAAAUUAACAUAUAUACAUGCAUGGGCUAAUUCAGCUGCCAGAGGUGUAUAAUCUCCCAUUAUUUUUAUAUACUAAAAGUGUAUUAAUUCUUUUUAAUUAAAACAUAACUUUUAAGGAGGUGGCAGUCAUUUGUUUCUAACCUAUGAAAAUAUAAAGGAUGAUUGUAACGAUUAUAUAUAAUGUAUAUCCCAUACAUUAAGUAUGGCUUUUCGCUUGUAUACUUUUGAACAAUUGUGAAGCUGUUUCAAGAACACUUUUGAAUACCAUGCUUUUCAGGCUGGUUGGGGUUCCUUAUGCAUCUAAUGAAGCUAAUCCAUUAAAGAGCAUAUAAUAUUACAUUUAUUAUUUAAAAUGCUACAGCACAUUAAUAAUUCAUAUUAUAAAAGGGCUACUUGCUCAAACCAUAAUUUCUUAUUUAUUCUUGAUACCUCCAGAAACAUUGGAGUACCUCCAUUCAUUGCAAUAAAAUUUCAGUGAAAUUGAUUUAUAGAUUGCACUUUUAAUUAAUAUUUUUUGUUUAAUUUUCUGUGUAGAAAUAUUUUUGGUUAAAAAUAUGAAAAAUAUAUGUUGAUGGUAAUUAAAAUAAA